AUGAACUGGAGUGUUGAGCUGACCGAUGAUUUGGCGCCGAACAACGACACCGACGAUCCGACGGCGCCGCUCACCGAGCACUCGACGCUGUUCCUCAAAUCGGCCGGCCUUGGCCUCAUGGUGGCGCUCACCAUUGGAGGAAAUCUGCUGGUGAUCAUUGCCGUGCUGGCCACGCCGUGCGGAGGUCUGCUGCACCGAUCGCCGACGCACCUGCUGAUCGCCAAUUUGGCGGCCGCCGACCUUUUGCUCGGCGUCGUCGUGCUGCCCCUGUCGGCCGCCCGCGAGUUGGCCGGCGGCGAGUGGCCGUUCGGCCGCCGACUGUGCGCCGUGUGGGCGGCUGCCGACGUCCUCUGCUGCACGGCCUCCAUCCUAUCCCUGUGCGGAAUUUCCGUCGACAGGUUUGUCGGAGUCACCAGACCGCUCGCCUACUCUGGAAUUGUCACCAAGAGACGUGCGGGCUGGAUGAUUUUGCUAAUCUGGGCCCUGGCGUUGGCCAUCAGCAUUGGGCCGCCGCUGGGCUGGAAUGACACAAGCGAGGGCGAAGAAUGCGGCGUCAACAAACAGCUCGACUACGUCAUUUUCUCUGUCGUUGGCUCCUUUUAUCUGCCAAUGCUGGUCAUCGUCAUUCUGUACUUUCAGGUUUACCGAGCCGUUGCGAAGAGGUCGAGCGAAAUCGAGAGUGGCAAAAAUGUGUGCGGAGACGUUUUCCUUCGCGUGCACUACGCCAACGGCCUGAUGAGCAGGCAGCGGCCGUUGCUGACCAGGGCCUCCACCAGGGCGGCCAUUCUUUGCACGUCGAAGUUCACGAGGCAGAAGAAGGCAGCCCAAACUUUGGCGAUCGUCGUCGGUGGAUUUCUCGUCUGUUGGCUUCCGUUCUUCAUCAUUCUACCAAUAGACUCGGCGUGUGCGUCGUGCGGUCUGAGCGGCGCGCCGUUCACAUUCGCCUUUUGGCUCGGCUACUUCAACAGCUGCAUCAACCCUUUCAUCUACGCGUGCUCGUCGUACGAACUGCGCCGCGCCUUCAGGGCCGUCCUGUGCGGCCGCACGCGCGGUUUCAAACGCAGCCAGCCCAACAACAACAGUCCUGCCAACUCCAUACCGCUUAAUCACUUCAUCUGAAUUUUAAAUUAAUUGUAAACAAAA